ACGUAUGCCGGCGGCCUUGUGUGUGUCGCAGAAUUGUCAAGAUAUGGCAUGUCCGUUGGCCGAAGUUUACCUCAUGAACUAUCGUCCAUCUUGUUGCAUCACCCUUGCUUUCAUCAUUUAAACCAAAUCAAAGAUGGCUACCAAUUACCAGUCUUCCAAGGAAACCACAAAUUUUGCACGGAUUUGCAGGUUGGUCACCGAUGUCAUCCCGGACUUAUUGCGUGAUUUGCUCAACACUCGGUUGCCAGCAUCAGGACUAUCUACAGUACUUACCACCCAGAAAAUGAAGAUCGUUUCUGUGUUGAUGCGACAUCAAAAGAACAUUCUGUAUCCUCAAGGUGGGGUGUAUCAAGGUUCUGUGAAGGAUUUGGACACAUCGCUUCUGUACAUCCUUCUAAGAAACCUUGGAAAUAUUCCACCUCAUCAGAAAGGUUGGGGAAACGCACCGGGUAUAGAAGACAGAUCGCUGUCGGCCAACAUCGACCGUCUACGUGAGCAGCGCAAUGAGACGAUUGCACAUGCACCCAAUACCUACCUUUCUGAUGGAGAUUUUCAGGCUAGUUGGGACAUCAUCCGCCAAAGUGUGGAGGAAAUACAAAAUAGUGAACUAAAUACAGGGCGGUUUGUAGUGGCCGUGGAUGCUUUGUAUACCAUGGAGAUGGACCACAGAAUGACAAAUAAAUACAUCGAGGAACUUCUAUUGGAUAUAAAAGAUGAUGUCAGCAAAGUCAAGGAGGAUAUCCAUGACACGAAGGAGGAUGUCGGUGCCAUGAAGUUGGAUGUCGGCGCCAUGAAGUUGGAUGUCGGUACAGUUAGGGCCGAUGUUAGGUCAAUGAAGGACAAACUGAACACCCUGUCGACAGGCACAAAUCCCAAAAAAGAUAUGGUCCCUAAGCUAACAGCUAUGAUAGAAACAACCACAGCCAUGAUAUUGAAAGAAAAAGACGAAUACGAGUUCCUUUCUACCAAAAGUCUCCAGGAUGCCUACGAUAAACUAAUGAAGAACAGCUUGGUGUUAAUCAAGGGAAAUUCUGGAGACGGGAAGACAUCAAUUGCCCUUGAACUUCUACGUCGGCUGUGCUAUAAUGAGAAGGGGCAACAAUGUCGACAGCCACUAGAACUGCAUGAUAUCAAAGACUUGGAUUAUGUGACCCCAAAGUCACAAUUAGUUAUUUAUUUAGAUGAUAUCUUUGGAAAGAAUGUUGUGUGUAAACAAGAUGUGGAAGAAUGGGAGAAAAGAGAAAAAUCUAUUAUUUCAAAAUUUUGUAGAAAUGAGCACACAGAUGGCAAUUUUCUGAUCGUUGCAAUUCGCAGUGGAAUUUCAAAUUCUUUAACUGGAUCUUGCUUAGAAAAGGUAUUCACUAAACAAAACAUUGUUGACCUUAACAUAGAUGCUGAAGAAAAACUGGAAUUUUUAAGGUUGUACAAACCAAAAGAUAAUUUUGACUCAUGGAAAGAUGAUGAAGAGAAGGAAAUUGUCAAGUGUGCUCCUGACAUUGGGUUUCCACAAUGCUGUAGGUUGUUCAGAGAUUCGUCUACUUUGCAAACGGAGAGGAUGACUUUUUUUAAAAGACCUUUUCAUUUUCUGAAAUCUUCUUUAUCUAAAUUGAAAGACGGAAAAUGUUAUGGUUUGAUGUAUCUGUUCCUUAACGCAGGCAAAGUCAUGGAAGAUAAUUUAGACUCUAACAAUAAAAAAAUUGAUGAGAAUUUAUUAGAAGCAGCAUUUAAAGAUGAUGUAGUGGAAGUUACCCCAACAACUGAGCUUGUUUAUAAUAAGGGGAGGAAAAUAGAAUUUGUGAAGAAGUCAUUAGAUUGUCUGUUGGGCUGGAUGGUGAAAAAAGAGUCUCACCAAAACCAAAAAGUUUGUUACAGAUUCAACCAUGACUCAAUUGAGGAAACUCUGGCACUUUUGUAUGGAGAAAAAACUCCCAUUGGCUACAUACAGAAUUGUCCCAGGAAGUUUCUGAGUUAUGUAACUACCUCAAAAACCACUCCAAACAAAGUAGUUAUAUCAUCUGAUAAUCAGUACAUGUAUGAACGUUUACUUGGAGAGUUUAAAUCUGUCUAUUCUAGUAACUCUGACCCAGAAAGUGACAGGUUUUAUAGUAAAUAUCUUUCUAUAACUUCAUUAGAUGUUUGGACAGAUAUUCAGUUUCUGCAGGGAUUUACCAGAUGGCUUAGUGGUCAGAACGUUGACAAAAACUUGUGCCAUGAGAUAAAACUUCGCUUGUUGAAUGGAACAUGUUCUUCUGGUUCAGAAGAAUGUACUUUAUUCCUCCUGUCGGAGGGUGUGAAACCUGACAAGAUGACAUUGAUUUGUGUGGUAGAGGGAGGGAGAGUGAAUAUAUUAUACAAAGUGGAGAGCAUUAUACUAAAAUCCUUGUAUAGAGUUGAUGACGAACAACAUAAGCGUGAGACAGUAGAAGGUCGUGUGGUGCACGGGAAUUGUGUGUGUGCUCAGUACAUGUGUCAGUUAGUGAGUGAGUCGGGGGAAACAUUGUUACAUAAGAGUUGUUACCUGGGACACAUGGAGGUUUUAAAAUACCUGUGUGAGUCGUACCCAGCACUAACUACAGCUGUAGAUAAUAGCGGGGGAACAGUGUUACAUUCUAGUUGUAUUGGGGGACACAUGGAGGUUUUGAAAUACCUGUGUGAGUCGUACCCAGCACUAACUACAGCUUUAGAUAAUAGCGGGGGAACAGUGUUACAUAGAAUUUGUAUGUUUGGACACAUGGAGAUCCUCAAAUGA